AUGCUUAGCUCAAAGCUUUUUAUUCCUGUAUGGUUUGAGACACACAUAGCUACACCGUAUCAUCCACAGACAAAUGGGCAAGCUGAGGUUUCCAACAGGGAGAUAAAAAGAAUUUUAGAAAAGACAGUGGCUUCAUCAAGAAAAGUUUGGUCUCAAAAGUUGGAUCAUGCCCUUUGGGCAUACAGAACUGCAAUGAAAAAAAUAGCUAUUGGAUUAUCUCCUUUUCAAAUGGUUUAUGGAAAGGCAUGCCACCUUUCGGUGGAGAUGGAACAUCGGCCUCUAUGGGCUUUAAAAUUCUUGAAUUAUGAUUCUUGUGACAGUGCAGAAAAAAGGAGAAGGCAAAUUAUUGAGCUUGAAGAGAUGCGGCUGCACGCCUAUGAUUCUUCAAAGAAUUACAAAGAAAAGGUGAAAUUUUAUCAUGACAAGAAGCUGUUGAAGUCCAAGUGGUCUGGUCCAUUUAUGAACAAGAAUGUUCUUCCACAUGGAGCAGUUGAGAUAAUAGAUCCAGCAUCUGAAGAUCCACAAAGAAGUUGGGUUGUCAAUGGACAACGUCUCAAGCAUUAUUUGGGUGGUGAGGUGGAACGCCUUUCCACAGUCAUGGAGUUGGUUGAUCGAAAUUGA